UACGAAGCAUAUUAUAAGAUAAAUAGAAAAGAAAAUUAUUGUGAAAAAUAGUAAGAAUAGCUGAUGCAUACGUGCGUAUGUAUGUUUGUCUAAUCAUGUGAUAUUUGAAAUUUGAUGACAAACACCACACCCGACACGCCGUUAUAAAACUAACCGACUACAAAAGUAUGAAAUCCAGAAGAAAGUUGUACACCCUCCAUUCCAUGAUCACUCACUGCCUUUAAUUUGUUUGAUGUUUUUCUCUCUGUCACUGCAAACCGUGAAGGUGUGGUUUUUGUGAUCGUGGUGGGUUCCUGUUCCUGAACUCAAAGAAGCAAAGCUGGUGACAGUGGCGUGUGUUGUACUGCGAAAAAGGGUUGCGGAAUCGUGUUCUUUAUUUGGCUUUCAAGAUAUCCCAACUCAUACACAAACUCUAACACCCUUUCACCCCACGUUGCAUCUUCAACUCUCGAGCUUGGGAAUUCUGUUUGUGUGCAUUCAUUCUGCAGAGAGAAAUGACAACGCUGUCAGAUAUUGGAGUUGCAGCCGCCAUAAACAUUUCAAGUGCAUUGCUUUUCUUUUUAGCAUUUGCUAUUUUGAGGCUUCAACCUUGGAACGAUCGAGUGUACUUCCCAAAAUGGUAUUUGAAGGGUUUAAGAACAGAUCCAGUUCAUGGAAGAGCGUUUGCGAGCAAGUUCAUCAAUUUAGACUGGAGGGCAUAUUGUGGAUUUUUCAAUUGGAUGCCAGAAGCACUUAGAAUGCCAGAACCUGAGCUUAUUGACCAUGCAGGAUUAGACUCUGUUGUUUACUUGCGGAUUUACUUGAUAGGGCUUAAAAUCUUUGUUCCUAUAGCGUUCCUGGCUUGGACUGUUCUGGUUCCUGUCAAUUGGACAAGUAGUGGUCUAGAAGGUGCCCAGAUUAAGAACAUAACUUCCAGUGACAUUGAUAAACUCUCCGUUUCAAAUGUCCAUAGUCGAUCUGAAAGGUUUUGGGGGCACAUAAUAAUGGCUUAUGCAUUUACCUUUUGGACUUGCUAUGUUUUGCUAAAGGACUAUGAAAAGGUUGCAUCAAUGAGACUUGGCUUUCUUGCAGCAGAAAGACGUCGUCCUGAUCAGUUUACGGUGCUUGUAAGAAAUAUUCCACCAGACCCCGAUGAAUCUGUGAGUGACCUUGUGGAGCACUUCUUUCUGGUCAAUCAUCCAGGUCACUAUCUGACUCACCAGGUUGUUUACGAUGCAAACAAACUUGCUAAGUUCGUGAAAAAGAAAAAGAAGUUGACGAAUUGGCUUGUCUAUUAUCAAAAUAAACUUGAAAGAACAUCAAAAAGACCUGAAAUUAAGACUGGUUUCCUUGGUCUUUGGGGAAAGAAAGUAGAUGCUAUUGAUUAUCACAUCACUGAAAUUGACAAGUUGUCAAAUGAAAUUGUUGUAGAGAGGGAAAAGGUCAUAAAUGAUCCGAAGUCUAUCAUGCCUGCUGCAUUUGUUUCAUUUAAAUCGCGAUGGGCUGCUGCUGUCUGUGCACAAACUCAGCAAUCCAGAAAUCCAACACUUUGGUUGACUGAAUGGGCUCCGGAGCCUCGAGAUGUAUAUUGGCGAAACUUGCCAAUUCCAUAUGUUUCUCUCACUGUCAGGAGGUUAAUCAUAGCUGUUGCAUUCUUUUUUCUCACUUUCUUUUUUAUGAUCCCCAUUGCAUUUGUUCAAACUCUUGCAAGUCUGGAUGGAAUCCAGAAAGCAGCACCAUGGCUGAAGCCACUUGUCAAAAUCCCUUUCAUUAAGUCAUUUAUUCAAGGUUUUCUACCCGGUAUUGUGUUGAAGCUGUUCCUUAUCUUCUUACCAACAAUAUUGAUGAUCAUGUCUAAAUUUGAAGGCUUUGAAUCUAUAUCAUCUCUGGAGAGAAGAUCAGCUUCUAGACACUAUCUUUUCAAUUUUGUGAAUAUAUUUCUUGGGAACAUACUUACUGGAACAGCAUUUCAACAGCUGAGCUCUUUCAUUCACCAACCAGCCAACCAAUAUCCUGUAACAAUAGGCACUGCUAUUCCUUUAAAAGCAAGUUUCUUCAUCACUUACAUAAUGGUUGACGGAUGGGCCAGUAUAGCUGCAGAAGUUUUGAUGUUGAAACCUCUAAUAUUUUAUCACUUGAAGAAUUUCUUCUUGGUCAAAACUGAAAAAGACAGGGAGGAGGCCAUGGAUCCAGGGAGUAUUGGUUUCAACACCGGAGAACCUCGUAUACAAUUGUACUUUUUGUUGGGUCUUGUAUAUGCUGCAGUGACACCUGCUGUUCUUCCUUUCAUCAUAGUUUUCUUUGGCCUGGCAUAUGUUGUGUUCCGUCAUCAGAUCAUUAAUGUAUAUAAUCAAGAGUAUGAAAGUGGUGCAGCAUUCUGGCCUGAUGUCCACUUCCGUAUUGUGUUGGCACUGAUAGUGUCACAGAUAGUUCUGAUGGGGCUCCUCACCACCAAAAAAGCUGCAUCAUCAACUCCAUUUCUCAUUGUGCUCCCAAUACUAACCAUAUGGUUCCAUAGGUACUGCAAAGGCCGCUUUGAACCCGCAUUUGUGAAAUUUCCCUUACAGGAAGCGAUGAUGAAAGAUACAUUAGAACGAGCAACAGAACCUAACCUGAACUUGAAAGGCUAUCUUCAGAAUGCCUAUGUUCAUCCUGUUUUUAAGGACAGCAUGGAUGUUGACGACGACGACGAAGAGAUCCUUAGUAUGGAUUUGGAAACUGAAAGUGCGACAGUGCGCACAAAACGCCAAUCUCGAAGGAACACCCCAUUGCCCAGCAAAAAUAAUGAUGCAUCAUCCCUCUCUGUCUGAUGGCAUUGGAAUCAUCCAGAGCCUUAAAGCAAAAUGAGAUCACUGUACACUUUACCUCAUUAUUUUCUAAAUAGAUUAGGAUGAUGUGGAAGUGCAAAUAUAGUAAGCUACAUCAGUUGACAAAGUUGAGGAAGUGCAGUGGCUCCUGCUGUGAAGGAAUUGUUUUGGAGUUUCUGACAGGCAGAUGAAAUCACUGUACUGAUGAGGCAUAGUUUUUGUAAUGCUCAUGAUUUUGUUGAAUGCUAGUGAAUUUGCUUCCAUAGUGGAUGAAUAGAUUUUGUCUUUUACA